ACAAUCAAAUGGCGCCGACCUAAUGUCAUAGAGGCGUGUUAUUUUUUGUGACAAAGCGUACAUAUUUUAUUAUCGUCAUUUAAUUGUGGAAUUAUGUCGCGAGACCAUAGAAAAGAUGGCAGAUUUUAUAACAGAGAUAGAGAUUGGGACCGCGAUCGUGAUAGAGACAGGGAUCGGGAUCGGGAUCGUAACCGUGAUCGGGACCGCGACCGGGAUCUGCGGGAUCCUCGGGAUCGGGAUUAUAGGAGCCGUCCUAUGCAUAAACGGAGCCGUACUCCUCCACGAAGGGACGACAACGAUAAGCGAAGAAGCCGCUCGCCUCGAGCCAAGAACGACAAAGAUCUCUUGGAUGAGAACAUACUUAGCGAGAUAUCAAAACUACCUGAACCAAGUGAACUGUGGGACAAUCAACAGUUCCAAGACAACGUAGGCUUCCAACAGCCGCCCCCUGGAUUCCCCCCACCUGAGGGUGUGCCAUCACUAACAUCAGCCUCAAACUACAACUCCAACUAUCAGCCAUCAUACUCCGGUAUCUAUGAUGACUUCCCGUCAGUGGGUGCAGUUCCUCAACCCCAAAUACCUCCAGACAUGUCCUCAUGGAACCAGAUGUCGCUGCCCCCGCCUCCUCAACAGCCACCAGCACCUUUCAUCAGCAAUGUUGAAGACCAGAUCAAGAAAGAAGCUGCAAUCGAGUCGGAAAUGCGACAUCAGAAAGCAGCAUUGUCCAAACAGAGGGAAGAUUACAUAAAGAAAGCAAAUAUACUCAAGAAAGAGAUGGAGACUUUGAAAGACCAACGGAAUGAACUUCGAGGCGACGCGAAACGAUCGCCGAGCCCAGACACCAAGAGGUUUUUGAAGGAAAACACCAAAUUGCAGUUGGAGAUACAGAAUAAGUUGAAGACCAUCUACAAUGUUGUGGACAUGCUCAACGGGAUCAUCGGUGAAGAAGCGCAAGAGAUUGUCGACGAGGACAACGACAACGCGUCCGAACGCAACUCCAAACGGAAAUCUAGGUCACCGUUGAACAAGAAAUUCAACUAUGUGUAUUACGAUCCUGAGAUGCACUGGUGCCGCGUCUGCAAUGAAUUCCCGCCUACUGCCAAGGAUUACCUGAACCAUUUGCACUCCCCUGCACAUCACAAGAUGGCCGCAGCACACAUGGAAGCUCCAUGGCACACCGUAUCGGGCGUCAACGAAGGAUUCCCGAGCUUCCCCGCGGCACCAACUAAACGUACACCUAUUAAAGGCCUCCAAUUCUUCGUGCCCUCUACGGCGUGGUACUGCAAGCUGUGCGAUCAAUUUAUUGGCGAUCUCCAUUGUGCUUCUGCACAUCUAAAAUCUGUUGUACAUUCCAAGAAUUAUACUAACUUCGUAGAACAAAAUCCACACUGGGAAACAGAUUGGAUGUCGGACCGUCAGAAAGCCUUCGAAAAAUCUCGAGCUACAAAAGGCAAGUCCGAUGAAAAACCAGCUCAGUAUACUUCCCAUACUAUAACAUUUAACAAAGAUGGGUUCCAUACGAAACAUAAGGACUCUCCUGCCCCACAAGAAGAGAAAAAGAAGAAGGAUAAGAAAAAAAAGAGUAAGAGAAAGAGUAGCAGUAGCUCGUCUAGUGAGUCUAGCAGUGGGGAUAGUGAGCCUGUUAAGAAGAAAAAGGCUAAAGCUAAAAAACAAAGGAGUAAGUUGGAAAGUCGAGAUGAUAAAACCCUCACGGAAUGGAUGUCCAACAUACAGAUGGACAAACUCAAUGAUAAUGAUCGGAAACUGCUGGAUACACUUAAAAGCAGAAUGAAGAAAGAAAAAGCAGUUGAAGGCAGGUCACCCGAUCACAGUGAUAGGGAGCGCUCCAUAGCUGAAUUAUCAAGAAAAAUGAGAGAAAGCGAACGGCGGGAAUCUCGCGCCCGCGAAGACCGAGAUCGUCGCGAUGAUAUGCGCCGGCGAGAAGACAGGAGGGAGGAACAGAAGCACAGGGAGAGGGAGAGAGAGACCACGCCCCACCUCGACACCAAGAAACCAGAAGUCAGGAAGAUGCCUUUUAUAGGAAAAAUGCCUGUUUACAAGCAUUUGGGAAAGAAUUCCAAAACCGAGGAACAGAAAAAGGAAGAACUGAAGAAGAAAGAAGAGGAAGAACUUACCAAGAAGAGACGAGAGGAGAUGGAUGCUGAAAUACAGAAGAAGGUGGCGGAGUUCAAAGAGAAGAUAGCGCGCGCGCAGCUGGAGCGACAGGCGCAGGUGGAGCUGGCGCCGCCCCCGCUGGCGCUGCCCACGGCGCUGGCGGCCCCCCCGCCCGCCGUGCCCGCCGUCUCCGCGCUGCCCGCGCCCGCGCCCGCCGCCCCUGCGCCCGCGCUGUCCUACCUGCCCGGCCCUGCCGCACCCGCGCCGCCGCAACUCAUGCAACAAACUCCGCAACCUCCACAGCAGCCAACUCUACCUAAAGACUUCCAGGAUGCACUGGAUAUUAUCUUCCCUACGGAAAUAAAACCAGACCUCUCACAAGGAGACGGCUUGUUCCCAUUACCGCCUGGCUUCGUACCAGGCCUCGGAGGAGUGAUGCCACCCUUCCCGCCCCUCCCACUCAUGCAGACACAAAUGACACAGAUGUUUGGUUUCGACCUCAACCCUCCACGGUUCCAACCGCGACCCCAACUCUACGACACACAUGUGCCCCUAGUACCCAGCCCCAAACCAAGGCCGCAACAUAACAAGAACAGACAACAAAAGCAUAAUAAACCAGAACAGAGGCCAAAACCUGAACCACCUCAGAAACCUAAAGAAGAAGAUAAGAAUGGAAGCAUUGCGAAAAAGAAGGAAGAAAUGGAUGAUCUGGCAAUGUUAGGUAUCGAUGCUUCCGAUGUAGGUUGCUUCUAAUAAGGCUGUGGUUUACUCAUGAUGAUCCUCAUUGCCAAUUAGUAAUGCCAACAUUUUCUAAAGCAAUUCUUCUACAAACAUUCUUAUUGUAAUCAUUUUAUCACACUACAAUCCGCCUUAUUACAAAUGUCUGCGAAACAUUUUGCAAAGAAUACUUUGUCGUUCUAACAUAGAUUUCGAUUUCAAUAUAAUCUUAUUGAUCAAACAACUAGGAAGCAUAAACCGUGGGCUCUAGGUUUUAUGUCUAAAAAACUUACUCAAAACCUCUGUAUUAGAUGCUCUGAAUGAAUGUUUUGGUAGAUGACUCACCCUUUUUAACUUAGGACUCACACAUCACUAGCUAAUAGGAACUAUUGUACUAUAAGUACACCUCAGCUUAAUCAAUAAAGUAAAGCAAAACCAUAAGAAUGUAUUUAUAUUAAGAAGCUCAAUUUUCCAUGGUUUUUACUUCCUCCUUAAACAGUACUUACAACUUAGAUCCUAAUUAUCAAUUUGCAAUAAUUAGCUCUACGAGAUUAAGUUAAGCGGGCUACCUAACUAGGCCCUUAAGGUUAUUUCUGUCAAUUAUUGUCAUAUGCUAAAGUCGGCGGGAAGGGAAGGCAUAAACAAUGUAAGAAUUUUUAUAAGGGUGGAAUAAAAAAAAUAACAAUAUAAAAAUAUUUGAAAUUCGAUGUAUUCCUUGGUAGAUAAAAUAAGCAAGGCUUCAAUGGCAACUUGUGUUUUGUAUAGGAACUACUAUAUUUUCUUGUAUACAUAUUUUUAUGUAUGUUGUUAAGCUAUGUCUUAUAGUUUGAUCUGAUGACUAAAAGCUAUUAUCAAUUUAAUCCUUGUACGUGACGGACUAAAAUCGUUUUGUAAUUAAGAUUCUCUUGUUUCAUAAAUAAACGUCAAAUGAAAU